UAACUACGAGUAAGUUUUUCCACCGACGAUGGCACAGCAAACCCCAACGAGCCCAUGACACGUGGACCCCCACUCAUCUUGUCCCCACCACUCAGUAGCACGCAGCGUGCGGGCAACACCACACCACCACCCACGGCCACCAGGCAGCAGCCCACCGCCGUGUCCUAGCUUCGUAACGACACAACCGGCCGGGUUAUCCCUAUCGCCAGCAAGCCGCCACCAAAAACAACACGCCCGGACGGAAAGGUCCGCCACGGACACAGCGACACGCACGUCUCCCUCCCCUAGUCCCCUCUUCGCCGUCCGGGUCGGGUGUUUGCGAAGCGAGACAAGCCACCGGUCGCCGCGCGACUAGGGUUUGGUUGCGAUGGAGCCGGCCUCCUCGUCCGCGCUUCCUUCUCCUCCUCCGGCCGAGGCGAGGCGGACGCCGCCGGAGGAGCUGAAGCUGCGGCGGAGGACGCUUGAGACGGUGCUGGAGCAGUGCCAGCGCGCGCUCGAGAUGAUGCAUGAGGACGGUCUGGGGACGGCUGCGGAGGGGGCAAGCUUCAAGGAGGUGGAGGUGGAGGAGGAGGAGGAGGAGGAGGAGGGCAGCGGCGACAGCGGCGGGGUCGAGAGGGCGCCGCCCCCACCGCCCUCGGAGGCCGACUACGAGGCGGACGAGCUAUGCAAUCUUCUGAAAUCAAGGGUUCAAUCGCCUGAAUUUCUCGAGAAGCUAGAUACUCUUCAGAAGUCAGUAUAUCAACAUGGUGCAGUGGAUGAAACAGUAUCAUGGGAUAUUAUAAGUGCGGCAGAUAUAUGGGAUGAUAAGAGUAUGAACGUUAGUGAUGAUUCAGAGGACGGAUAUGUUCUUGUUAAGCAAGAGGACAUAGUCGAUGGUAUUGCAUGCUUCAUGGCUGCAUACUUGCUGUCGCUGAAACAAACUAAGGACCUGACACCCAACCAACUUCAACAAGCUCUUAGCAAGACAUUUUCAGCUAAAAAGAGGAAAAGCAAACUGCAGAAGGCAUGGGAUGGAACGAAAGUUGUUUAUAAUAUAGCAUCAUGGAGCGCGACGGCUAUUGGUAUCUACCAGAAUCCUGCGAUUGUGCAAGCAGCAACUGCAGCCUUCUGGACAUCCUGUCGUGUAAUAUCCAAGUUUCUGUGACUAGUCAUGGCUGGACCUGGACGGUGCAAAUAUGCAAACAUUGUGUGGCUGUGGCCUCUCCGUUUCUAAAGAUCAACCGAAGAUGAAAAAAGUUGCCAAACUCCGUGGCGUGCUUAGAUUAUGAUGUAAAUAGGCUGCAAGUUCGUUGAUUGAUUUAACAGCGACAUCAGUUACUGGUGAUGAGCAAUAUGGGGCUGUUCGACAGUAUCUCACCCAUAUAAUCUAAAGGUAUGAAUGGACACACCACCAUCUAUUUGCCAAUACCAGCUGUAUCCGACAAUCAAGAACCGAUGUACAUAAGCCCUCCCGCGCAACAUUGGUAUAUCAGUGUGAUUGUAAAUAUUUCGAUUCAUUUGAAUAAAUUCGCUCGCAUGUGUUUCACCCCUU